UAAGGAGCAACCGUCACUCCAACCAUUCAGUAUUUCUCGUCACCCGUUACAGUAAACCCAUCUCUGGACUCACCGCGAUGAGUCGCAUUUUUGAAGAUUUUGCACCGACAAUUUGUUACAACAAAGCACCCGCAUCAGUCGUAUCCGCGGAAUGGUGCCGAACCAGAAGAACUUCCGCAUCGGCGGGCACUUUGGUUCAAGAGAUAAUCGUGCCGAAAAAAUCCGGUCGGGCUUGGACAAUGCUAGCCGGAGACCUGUGCCGGGUAACACUGAUCGAGGGCUCUCAGGUUGGCGAUGUGAACUUCUGGAAUCUACAUAACACGAAGGAACGCUUUUAUUCGGGUAAAACACGACAGCUGCAUGCAUCGCAUCUGAAGCAGUAUGACCGGCUGUGGAGCUCUCUACCGUAUCUGCGUCCGAUGGCUACAUUCGUAACGGAUUCACUCGCCGAUUACGGCAUCGAUAAGGAUGGUGGAGCACUGCAUGAUGUGAUUGGGACGCGUUGUGAUGACUACACCUAUAAACUGAUAACGGGACGGGAUCGCAUUGGAAGUUGUCACAGAUAUCUUACAGAAGCCGUAAAGGAGUUUGGUUUGGAAGAGUCUGAUGUUCAUGAUGUGUGGAAUAUUUUUAUGUGCACUGGAUUUACGAGGGACACUCAGCAAUAUUUCUGCAAACCUAGUCCCGCCAAGAAAGGUGAUUUCAUUGAAUUUGUAGCAGAUAUGGACUUGAUUGUUGCGCUAAGCGCCUGCCCACAAGGUGAUGUGUCUAUAGUUGUUGGACAGGAAGUUCCGGAUGAGAAAUGUUACCCAAUGAAAGUGGAAGUGUUUCGACCUUAAAAAGGAAUUUGUAGUUCUCAAUUACGAUCAAUACAUUGAUGAAAAUUGAAAUAUAUUAAAAUAGCAUAAUUUUUUUUUCAACUUCUAAAUACACAUUUUUU